CCAUGCUUCAGAACAGAAAACUAUUAUAAACAACGGCCAAAACCAACUACUACCUUUUCUAUAAAUUUGGAUACCCUUUAAAUCUUUCUUUGUUAUCAAUAUCUUGAGGCCAAGAAAAUUCUCUUUAGAUAAUGGCUAUGGAAGUGAAGAUGAUGGGGAGAGAAACCAAAAUUGUGGUUGCUGUGGAUGAGAGUGAAGAGAGCAUGUAUGCACUAUCAUGGUGUCUCAACAAUUUCUCUUCUAAAAAUGACCAAAACACCAACACCACUCUCAUCCUUCUCUAUGUCAAACCUCCUCCUUCGGCCUACUCUUCUUUAGAUGCUGCAGGGUACUUGUUUUCCACUGAUGCCAUUGGAGCGAUGGAGAAGUACGCCAAAGAAUUGGUGCAUUCAGUAAUGGAAAGAGCUGAAGCAGUCUACCAACACUCUGGGGUCAAAAUGAAUGUUGAGAAGAAAGUCGGGACGGGAGACGCCAAAGAUGUGAUUUGCCAUACUGUUGAGAAACUUAGAGCUGACACUUUAGUCAUGGGAAGUCAUGGCUAUGGUUUCUUCAAAAGGACUCUUCUUGGUAGUGUGAGUGACCACUGUGCCAAGAAUGUCAAUUGUCCAGUGGUGAUUGUCAAGCAUCCCAAGCAAAACAGAGUUUAGGAAGGUUAAAAGUUGAUGAAAUGCUAAAGAGACAAGAAACUUAGAGGCCCGUAGAUGGUCAGAAAUGUAUUUCUGAAUUUCAUGUAAAUAUGCAACAAAUUGAACAUCUGAGAAGAUGUUCAAAUUCCUAUCAAGAUUUACACUUACACAAUGAUUAGCUCCUUUGUUGUUUA